CCAAAUUUGAAGCGAGUGGAGACCCGGGGGUGCGGCUACGAAGUUGGACCUAUUGCAGUUUCCUUGGCUAUCUGGGCCACUUGAGUCCAGCCAGCAUGCCUAUCCGUGCGCUGUGCACUAUCUGCUCGGAUUUCUUCGACCAUUCCCGCGACGUGGCGGCUAUCCACUGUGGACACACCUUCCACCUGCAAUGCUUAAUUCAGUGGUUUGAGACAGCACCAAGUCGUACUUGCCCACAGUGCCGAAUCCAGGUUGGCAAGAGAACCAUUAUCAAUAAACUCUUCUUUGACCUUGCCCAGGAGGAGGAGAGUGUCUUGGAUGCAGAAUUCUUAAAGAAUGAACUGGACAAUAUCAGAGCCCAGCUUUCCCAGAAAGAAAGGGAGAAACGGGACAGCCAGGUUAUCAUCGACACUCUGCGAGACACCCUGGAAGAGCGCAACGCCACUGUGGAAUCUCUGCAAAAGGCCUUAGGCAAGGCUGAGAUGCUAUGCUCUACACUCAAAAAGCAGAUGAAGUUCUUGGAGCAGCAGCAAGAUGAGACUAAACAAGCACGGGAGGAGGCCCACCGACUCAGGAGCAAGAUGAAAACCAUGGAGAAGAUUGAGCUCCUACUCCAGAGUCAGCGGCCUGAGGUGGAGGAGAUGAUUCGAGACAUGGGUGUGGGACAAUCAGCGGUGGAGCAACUGGCCGUGUAUUGUGUGUCUCUCAAGAAAGAGUAUGAGAAUCUGAAAGACGCACGGAAGGCUUCGGGGGAGUUGGCUGACAAGCUGAGGAAGGAUUUGGUCUCUUCCAGAAGCAAGUUGCAGACAGUCUACUCUGAAUUGGAUAAGGCCAAGUUGGAGCUGAGAUCGGCCCAGAAGGACUUAGAGAAUGCUGACAAGGAAAUCACGAGCUUGAAAAAGAAGCUAAUGAUGUUGCAGGAAACUUUGAACCUGCCACCAGUGGCCAGUGAGACUGUCAACCGCCUGGUUUUAGAGAGCCCAGCUCCUGUGGAGAUGCUGAACCUGAAGCUCCGCCAGCCAUCCUUCAGUGAUGAUAUUGACCUCGAUGCUACCUUUGAUGUGGAUACCCCUCAAUCCCAGCCCUCCAAAUCCCAGCAUGGCCACUCCAAGAGGCUCUGCCUUGAGAAGACACACUCUCCUGUUCAAGACAUUCUCAAGAAGAUGCCUAGAGGUCCCAAGCAGAAAUCCCAGCUCUCACUGGGUGGCCAACAUUGUGCAAGAGAGCCAGAUGAGGACCUGGCUGGUGCCUUCCCUAUUUUUAUCCGGAAUGCUGUUCUGGGCCAGAAACAGCCAAAGAGGACCAUGGCAGAGUCCUAUUGCAGCACAGAUGUGGUAAGAACAGGCUUCGAUGGCCUUGGAGGCCGGACAAAAUUCAUACAACCUACUGACACAGCCAUGAUUCGUCCAAUGCCUGUUAAGCCCAAGACCAAGGCUAAGCAGAGAGUGAGGGCAAGGACCAUACAUCCUCCCUCCCAGGCCAAGUUGGACACCUUCCUGUGGCAGUGAGAACAGUGAGUCUGAGCAGUGGCCAGACACAUGCCUCCAACUAGAAGACUGGCCAGCAGUGUUUAGAGGGAUGUCCCCUCUUCCAGGACCAGCUCUGAGAGCAAGAGCAGAAAAGCAAAUGAAGAAUAGAGUUACAGAGACUGUGUACUUCUUUAGCUCACCUUGCCCUAUUCCGCCACACAGAGCUGACGCUACCAGCUUACCAUUUCCGUCAGCAAAGGCCUGUUCCUGGUUGCAGCCUCCUGUUCAUAGCCAUGAUCUGAUGUGGCCAGGCUCUUUCUGUUCCUAGAGACCAGGAUCACUUGUUAACUAUAUGCACAAAAGUACUUUAGGUUUCUUAGGGUAGCCUGAGUCUGAGCUUCUGCUUGGCUCCCUUGUUGCAGGGCUUGGCUGGGCCAAGCAUGGUAGGGAGAAGGAAAUGGGGAAUGAUGGUGUGGGGAGGACAGGGAAAUAUUUCCAUGUAAAAUAAAAAAGAAUCUUUUUCUGGCUCUGGGAAUAUAAAUUUACACCUGGAAGACUGGCAUGAUUUUCUAAAGCAGGAACAUCUUCUAGACCCAAACCCAGCAGUUUCAUCCCUGGGCACAUGCCUUCUAAAGGGCACAGAGAGACUCUAGCAAAAUGAGAUCACUGCAGCUUUGUCUAUGUUCUGUAACUUGGGAAAAGCCCAAAGACCAUAAGCAGGAACGGAAUGGGUAAAUCAAGAUCUAUUCCUUGGCUCGGCAUCUGGGGACGCUCGCAGCUCUGGGCGCCCGGCCCAGUUUCUUUCAAAAUGUCUACUGUUCAUGAAAUCCUGUGCAAGCUCAGCUUGGAGGGUGAUCACUCUACACCCCGAAGCGCCUAUGGUUCGGUCAAAGCCUACACCAAUUUCGAUGCUGAGUGGGAUGCUCUGAACAUCGAGACGGCCAUCAAGACCAAAGGAAUAAACUGCCUCAUCCAUUAGGAUAGCAGGUCGAAGGAAGCAGUGGUGUCCUCAAGAUAAGACAUUUCAGUCCCGCUGGCAGAUACACGUCUUCUGGUGUUUCAACAUAGGUCCUACCUUCAGUGGCACGGACCAGGCAGAUGAUCCUGGGCUCCAUGAACUUUUCCUCUUUCAGUUCAAUUAGAAACAUGCGGACAAUGGUGUGGGAGAAAUAGCUGAUGUGGAUGGAGUUUUGGGCGUCCAGGGGAGGAGUCUUCCCUCCUGAAACUCCAUUUAGUUUCUUUGUAGUUACUGGCAUUAGUAUGUGUGUAGUGUACCCGAUGGUCCCAGCACAUUGGAUAUAGCAUCUCAGUGGCUGUUUGCCUGGUAAAUAAUUUAGGUGAAUGCACUGAGAUGCCUUCAGACUGCAGUUGGUGCUGUCUCCUAGGUGAGGUUCAGGUUAAUCACCAGAGCUCUUUACGGAGAUUUCCAAUAAUUGGAUUGAAUUCCAACUCUGCUGGCUGGACACUUAGCUGUUAUAUACAAAGGCAAAAAGCUGUUUCACUAAGAGCAGAGGACUACACAGCAGUUUGUGAGCUGAACUCUUCUUAGGUGUUAUUUCUUACCUGGGUUGUUCGGACAAGAGUAAGCAAUAAGGGAAUGCCCUAAAAUUGCUGUCAGCCCCAUACCUCAUAGAGAUAACUGGUGGAUGUGACACAAGUCUUGUACACAGGCAGCUUUCCAACAGCUUCUCACUCCCCUCCUGUGAUUAUCCAUUUCUGUCAGUGAGUCUCACACAAGGGGUUACUCAGGUGUUGUUGAAAUGCUGCUACUAGGGUCCUAAGUUCUAGAUAGUCUUAAUCAGUAGAGCUCAGAUAGGAUCCCAGGGGAUUGUGUUUUUAAUAAGUACUCCUGGGGAUUUCAGUGGUGGCCAGCUGGGGACCACAUUCUGAUACAAACUUACACUUUGCUUUUAUUUCUGAGAAUAUCAUGUAUUAUGGGUCAGUAUUCUAUGUUUAGGUCAGUGACUGGUAAGUUGAUUUCAGGAAAUGUUGAGGUUAGAGAAUAGAAUUGUAUUUCAUUGUGAUUCUUCAGCAUUUUUCAGAUAUGGGUAAUAAAGUAUAAGGCAAAAAUACAUUAAUGGGGGAGUUAGAUCGCACAUGUAUAUGGGUAGGUGUGCACUCCACUAAUGCAGACAUAAGUGUAUUAAAGUAGCCUCAGUGCCAGGUUUGUGGGCACAUGUCUAUAAUCCCAGCAACUUGGGAGGCUGAGGCAGGAGGAUGGCAAGUUUGAGGCCAAACUUGGCAACUUAUCAGUAAUUGAGUGAGAACUUGCCUUAAAAGAAAAAAUAAAAAGAAUUGGGGAUGUAGCUCAGUGAUAGUGCCCCUGGGUUCAAUCCAUGGUACCAAAGGAGUGAGUGAGUGAGUAAAUAAAUAAAUAAAUAUAGUAGCCUUGUAACUUUAAUGAGUUUCUGAUUAAAACUUCCCAGUCCAUACCUAAUCAAAACUAAAUGUAAAUUUAGGCUUGAUUCUGUUUUGUAGUGUGGAGAUGGGGGUAAUUGUUAAUGCCCCUUCCCUUGUGUGGGUGUAGACAUUGAGACCCAGGGGACAGGUAUUUAUACUGGUAACAGAUGCAGAGCUGGGUCCUAGUCUCUGAGCACUGAAUUCUUCAUCUAUAAAUAGGAAGAGAAAUAGCUGUGCCCACUUGGUUGUUGUGAGGAUUAAGUAAGGUAGCAUGUGUUAGGAUGUUUGGAGACAGAAGGGAAUUAUAUAGAUAUAAUUCCUUGUUAUUAUGCAUACUGUUUUAUUCCAACUGAAGUAUUUAGAACCACAUUAGGAAUCUCUUGAAUUAAUUUGUUGAUUCUAGAUCAAUAAAUUGCAUGUCAUUCACUGUGUACUUAAAAAAUGCUUUUUGUGGUCAUAGACAUCCCACCCUUCAGAUGAUCACUAUUCAAACUUUGGUAUAAAGGCUUCUAGAUAUUUUCUUACCCAUACAUGUAAAUUUUGCAAAAAUCAUAUUAAACUGCUUUGCAACCUGAAAAAAAAAAAAAAAAAGAUCUAUUCCUACAGGAAACUUAAAACAAGCACAACAAA